UAGAGUCAGCAAUAUAGAUAUAUAUCAGGCCCCACUUCAAAAAUAUGAUCGUUACAUUCAAAAAAGUGGUGCAUCUUCCAACCCCUUCUUCUCACAUUCGAAUUUCAAAUUUUCAAAUGCAAAAGCAUCAUUCUUGCUGAUGCAUCGUCUGACAGCUCGCCCCUUUUCUCGCCGUUCCGCUCCCUCAAACACAUCCCGAUGACAUUACCCUAAUUUAUUUAUUAAUCUUCCGAUUCAAUCUCCAAGUUUUGCGGUUUUCAAACCCCCACAUAACCCGUUCGACGAAUUGUUUCAUAAGUUCUUUUCAUUUUGUAGGUUUUUCAAACCUGCACAGAAGGUGUUCGACGAGUUGUUUCACAAGUAUUUUUCGUUUUGGGGGUUUUUUAAAGUUGCAUAGAAGGUGUUUGAUGAAUUGUAUGAAAAGUUUUCCAUUUUGGGGGUUUUUUAAAGUUGCAUAGAAGCUGUUCAACGAAUUGUUUAACAAUUUUUUUUCAUUUUGGGUUUUUCUUAAACUUGCAUAGAAGCUGUUCGAUGAAAUGCUUGAUAAGCUUUUGACAUUUUGGGGUUUUUUAAAAGUUGCAUAGAAGCUGUUCAACGAAUUGUUUGAUAAGUUUUUUUCAUUUUGGGGUUUUUUAAAGUUGCAUAGAAGCUGUUCGAUGAAAUGCUUGAUAAGUUUUUGACAUUUUGGGGGUUUUUAAAAGUUGAAUAGAAGCUGUUUGACGAACUGUUUGAUAAGUUUUUAAAAUGGGGGAAACCAAGGAGAACAAGUUGAAGCCACCGUCGAAGUUUUCGGAUGAGAAUCAAGCGCCGUUAAAGCCUAGAAACAGCAAUGUGCAGUCGAAUUUGAAGCCCAGAUCGAUUUGGGGUUCCAACAUUGUGAAAGGGUUUUCAGCUGAUAAGAAAACCAGAUCGCAACAAGUUGGUAAGAAAUCGCAACAACAACCGCUUACUACAGUCUCCAACACGAAUUCGAAAAACCCUUUUGCUCAGAAUCGAACAAAACGGUCACUUAUCGGAGAUUUAUCCUGUUCUGUCACUGCUACACAAGUUCAUCCACAAGGGCUGUAUAAAUCAUCGUCUUCAUCAGGUUCUCGUGAUCUGUUUGCCGAGCUUGAUCAGCUCAGAAGCUUGCUUCAAGAAUCUAAAGACAGAGAAGCCAAACUGCAGGCUGAGUUAGGUGAUUUCAAGAAGAAAAACCUCAAGGCUUUGGAGCUCGAACAAGCGGUUGAAUCGAAGACUAGUGAAAUAGAAACUCUCAAAAGCAAAAUCGAUUUGCUCGAAUCGGAAAACGCCAGUCUUUCUGAGCAGUUGAAUUCCCAGCAGUUGCAAGAAAAUAUAGCAAAGGGGGUUGUUAAUGGUGUUGAGGUAGAUGUUCUUAAGUUGAGAAGGCUGAAUGCUGAGCUUCAUCUUCAAAAGAGAAAUCUUUGUUUCAGAAUCUCUUCAAUGGAGUCAGAACUAGCUGCCAUAGCCAAAGAUUCUGAGAAUGAAUUCGUUCAGAAGAUCAAAGCGGAGGCAUCUAUGUUACGACAAACAAACGAAGAUUUAUGUAAACAAGUUGAAGAUCUACAAGUAAGUCGAUUAAACGAGGUUGAGGAGCUUGUCUAUCUUAGAUGGGUCAACACCUGUCUUAAAAACGAGUUGCAAAAUUCGACGUUUGUAAGUUCCGAAGUAACAUCAAGUCCAGCUUCCGUUGAAUGGCUCAACGGUUCCGUAUCAAGUGACGGAAGUUCCGAACACGGUAGUACCCAAAAAACGUUAAGUUUGAUUAAGAAAAUGAAAAAAUGGCCCGUUCUUGAUGAAGAAACGAAUGUCUCGGAACCGAUUAACUCUAAACUGAAUCUCGGUUGGUCAGACGGAAGACGACAUUCAAUCAGUGGAGCUAAUUGCUGUCAAGAAGAUCUUGUAGUGAAUAAACGAAGACAAUCUGACGGUUUUAUAUGUAUAACGGAAACGGAUGGUGUAAAUGAUUUGAAUGUGAUCCAAGGGUCACAAUUGCGUGAAGCUACGAAACUGAAAACGUUUUUGGACGUUGAAAAACGGGCGUUGCGUGUUCCUAACCCUCCUCCGAGACCGUCUAGCUUUACUUCUAAGGAACAUACGGAGGUUAGUAAUCAAGUACCACCGCCACCACCACCACCACCACCGCCGCCGCCGCCUCCACCGCCACCACCUCCGAAGUUCACGGGGAGAAACAACGGUGGAGGGGUUGUUCAACGAGCUCCGGAAGUGGUUGAGUUUUAUCAUUCGCUUAUGAAAAGGGACUCCAGGAAAGAUCCGUUAAAUGAUGGGAUCUGUGAUGCGCUAGAUGUGAAUAAUGUUCGAAAUAGUAUGAUUGGUGAAAUCGAAAACCGAUCGUCACAUUUGCUUGCUAUAAAGGAGGAUGUUGAGACUCAAGGGGAAUUCGUGAAUUCGUUAAUACGGGAGGUCAACAAUGCGGUUUAUCCGGAAAUAGAAGAUGUGGUGGCUUUUGUGAACUGGCUGGAUGAUGAACUUGGCUUUCUUGUGGACGAGAGGGCUGUGCUGAAACACUUUGAUUGGCCGGAGAAGAAAGCCGACACAUUAAGAGAGGCAGCGUUUGCGUAUCGAGAUCUAAAGAAGCUGGAGCAUGAAAUUUCAAAUUACAAGGACAAUUACCACAUACCCUGUGACUUGGCGUUGAAGAAAAUGGUCUCCUUGUCUGAAAAGAUGGAGCGUAUCGUUUAUAACCUUCUUAGAACGAGAGAUACAUUGAUGCGUAAUUGCAAAGAGUUCCAUAUUCCUACUGAUUGGAUGCUUGAUUCAGGAAUAUUAAACAAGAUUAAGCUGGGAUCGGUUAAGUUGGCAAAGAAAUACUUAAAAAGAGUUGCUACAGAACUUCAAACGAAGGGAACAACCGAGAAAGAUUCUUCAAUGGACUAUAUGCUACUUCAAGGAGUGCGAUUUGCUUUCCGCAUUCAUCAGUUUGCUGGUGGAUUUGAUGUCGAUACAAUGCAUGCGUUCGAGGAGCUUCGCAACUUGGCUCUUGUUUUGAACAAAAAGUAGAAUGAAAAGAGGAAUUUUUUGGUGCAGGAAAUAUGGAUAUUUUUUUUUGUACAGGUUGUCAUUUAAGAUGUUAGUUUUGGUAUGAAGAAAGAAUGAAGGCUUGUUAAAUACAAAUGGGAUGGGAUGGGAUGGCAUGUGAUGAUAGAGAGGUCAUCAUCACCAUCACCAUCAUCAUGGUUAUCGUCAUUUGUUCCUACAAAAACAUAUAUGUAUUUGGGGUUCAAGAUUAGUUUGACCCAUGUUGACUUUAUCUUUCAUUUUCUUACACC